AUGGUCCAGGCUUGGCCGGAACAGCAGCCGAGGCGACCGGGCGUGCCGCAGGUGUCGCGCCUUUUGAACAGCUUACAGGAACUCUUCGUGAUAGUUUCAGGAUGCAUGGCAUACGCUUACCAUGUACGAUUAGAUCAGGAACUGGAGAUCACCGUCGAUUCGGUGCUGGAUAUGAGAGUCAGAAACAAACUCAAUAGAAAGAAUGGUAUAUUGCAGCCUGAUGAGCUCAUCAAUUCAUUUGAAACUUUAGUGAGAUUAGCUCAGAAGGAUAGUUUUAGUGCUGAACUAGCCACAAUCGAUAAUAAAGGCGUGCUGAGUCCGAACAAUCCUUUAAUUUCCUUAAGCCCGUUUAUUGAUGAUAAGGGUAUAUUACGUCAAGAACAUUUACGUCUUCUGCAUGCUGGCCCACAGUUACUACUGUCCACUGUCAGAGAGUUCGUCUGGCCCAUAGCGGGCAGAGAUCUGGCACGUGCUACUGUGAGACAAUGCAUUGUAUGCAGGCGGGCAAGUGCUAAGAUGCUUGCACCUAUGAUGGGCGCAUUACCCAGUCAACGCGUUGAUCCUGCCUUCCCCUUUAUAAGUGCUGGUAUUGAUUUUUGUGGACCUUUCUUAAUAACUGAUAGGAAGGGUAGAGGGUGUAAGAUAUCGAAAUGUUAUAUGUGCGUUUUCGUCUGCCUCAGAUACAAAUGUUUGCAUUUAGAAGCCGUAAGCGACCUCACCAAAGAGGCAUUCAUAUUAUCGUUGCGUCGUUUUAUCUCUCGCCGAGGUAAGCCGAAGGAGAUUUUCUGCGAUAAUGGCAGAAACUUCGUAUCUGCAUCCAAAGAGAUUACAGAAUUUGUGAACUCUCAUGCUGAUGGCGUCGGUGGAUUCCUUUCUAGUGAAGGGAUUGAUUUUAAAUUUCAACCGGCAUAUGCACCACACUUCGGGGGUCUAUGGGAGGCGUCAGUCAAAUCAGCCAAAUUUCAUUUGAAAAGAAUUCUCGAUAACACUCACUGCACAUUUGAAGAAUUAGCUACUUUGUUUAAUCAAAUCGAAGCCAUACUCAAUAGCAGGCCUUUAUGUCCCUUAUCUUCCUCUCCUGAUGACCUUGCUCCUCUGACUCCCGGACACUUCCUCAUUGGAAGACCUUUGACGUCUUUGCCAUCACCUAACUACAUGCAACUUAGUACCUCUAGAUUGAGCCGAUACCAACACUUGGAGCAGAUUCGUCAACAUUUUUGGAAUCGAUGGCAGCUAGAGUACUUGAACGAAUUACAGCAAAGACACAAAUGGCGCGUACCAGCAAGAUCAAUCCAGAAUGGUGACUUAGUUCUACUGAAGGACGAGAAUAUUCCACCGAUGCAAUGGCGGACGGGUCGAGUCAUCAACCUAUUUCCAGGAAAGGACAAUAUCGUGCGAGUAGCCGAAAUCAAAACUUCGACUGGCGUUUAUCGGCGUGGACUUCGAUAUCUUUGUCCUCUAUUGGAUACUGCAGAAGAUUCUUCAUUGGAAGCAAAUGCUUCCAAGGCCCCGGAGGAUGUUAAGGAUCUCUAA